UUCGGUUCGAAGAAAACGAGCCAACAUUUUUAAAACCUGUCAACUUAUACCAUCAUUUUACCCUCCCCCCUGUGUCAAAACUUUGUCAUCGCUUUCACUAUCAAAAUGGCGGGGGGGAAACAUGAAAAGAUGCCGUUGUAAUUCCGUGCGGGUAGAGAUGAAAAAUAAUCAAUAUAGAUGGUAUAGGGAGUACAAUGCUCACGGGUAAAGAGAAGGAAUUAUUUUGCGAGAUUCUUGGCCGUGUGAAUUUACAAGAUUUAAUCAGUCUUACUGAUACCGUAACCAAUAGAGUUAUCUCGACUGAGAACAGGGAAGAAGCUAUUGAGGCCAUCCUAUUAUUUAGCAAGAAUGCAAAUCAUUUGCUGCGAAGAAAGAAAAUCAAGAGGGAAAUUCUCUACCAGUACCUCGCAGAAAAAGGAUUUGUUGCUCCAACCACAGCAGACAAGUCAUUUCUUUGUAGAAAGAUACUGAAUAUUUGUGGCAGUACACAAAACAACGAUGUAUAUGAUGACUAUGAUGCCGACACUCCACCCUCCACCCCAGAGUUACCUCAGGAGAUAGAGCCUCACACUGGCAAUCAACAGGGAACUAUGGCAAUUGGGGCGGUAUCCACAAAUCAACCCGUAGAUGGGCAGCAGCUGGCUGAGCAGUUUGCAUCAUGGUUUUACCAACUACUGAAUGCUACAUGUGAGAACGGCGCCCUAGCAGGUAGCCAAUCAGAUAAUCAGUGGGGACCGCAACACUUCUGGGCUGAUUCCAAGUGUCGGAUAACCAUGCUUUCUCAUCAGCACAUCACAGACGAAUGUGAGGGCGCAAAUGCUGUCAGUACUAAACUCAUAGAAGUCCUUUCUACUGAGAAACUGUUUCUAAAUGCUAACACUUUGGGUGUCAAAGGAAUGGUUGAUGCUUAUGGACUUGCGAGAGUUAUGGUGGCAGGAACUGUUCACAGGGCACAGGAGUGUUUGGGAAUUUUUGAGCAGUCAUUUGGUAUUGUCAGGGACCCGCAGAUGGAUAAUAAUUGGAAGAUAAAAUUUACAGAACUGAAGCUAAAGGCACAGCACCAAAUAGGAGGGAGUGGUGAGGCGGCAGCUGCCCUUAUGGCACCUCACGGUGGGCAGGUAGUUACCUACAAGUAAUGUCCUCAUAUUUUUAGGUGAAAGUUUGUAUAGAAGACAUAUUCAAAAUACAUUGGGGAUGGGUGGAACAUUUAAAAUAAAGAAAAUAGUUCUGAUAAUAGUCAUGAUAUUUUCUUAUGACUUUCUCUGUGAGGGCAGUGAUCUGUUUUUAAACAUUUGAUAAGAAUGAGCCAUGGACUGAUAAAGAGUACUGUGAAAGCUGUAUUCAGUGCAUUUUUGGCCAAGUAUAUCCAGGGGCUUAGCCAGGCUUUUUCCUUGAGGGGUGGCAAAGUGAUCCGACUGAGAUGUAACAACAAAGAAUAGCUUUAUUGGACCAGAAAGAUGGGGGUGGCCCCCCUGGUGUCGCUUAUAAAAGUGACAUCAGUUUGGAGAGCUAGAUUUGAGAAUAUCCUGUCAUCUUUUGUCACCUCUUAUGCUUUCUUUGUAUUAUUUCUUUAUUCUUUAGAAAUCAGGCAUGUCUUUGUGUAUGCUUGUGGUACCCUCUUAAAGCUUAUUUAAAAAGCUUUAAAAACUUUUGUACUAUCAAAAUAAUCUGUACAUUCCCAAUCUAAGUAUUAGUAAGACAGUAAAUGAUUAUUUGACUACUUCUCUUGUAAUAAAAGAAAAUCUACAGUUUGA